UCUUUAUAAAGAAACAAACGUCAACCCUAUACGACGGCACUCAACUCAAUCGCAGUUUUUAAUGUAAAGUUAGCUUGAUUGUUCAACAAAUAACAGCUGAAAAAUUCAAUACUGUGUGAAAACAGUGCAGAAGCGAUAUAUUUUAUAGGUGGCUCGAUCUGUGUUACAUUGAAAUCCUUGUUUGAGUUACUGUUUUGGGAAAAUUAACACUUCUGCAAAAAACGUAUUAAAACACACAAAAAAAUCGAUUGAACUUUUAGUAUGUUGAACUAAAAAACGGCUCUGUGAUGUAGUUUUGGUACCCAGUGUAUGGAAUCGAGCUGGUUUAUCUGUGAACUGCACCGGGACUUUGGAUCACUUAAGAAUGGAAACGAAAAAACCCAUCUUACAUAUUUUGGUGGUUGGAUUCCACCAUAAGAAAGGAUGUCAGGUGGAGUUCUCUUAUCCACCGUUGAUAGCUGGAUCGGAGGGUAAACAUGAGUGUCCAUCCGGUUGGAAGUAUCUACCGACGCUAGCUAUCCCGGACGGAUCGCAUAAUUUCGAACAGGAUUUUGUUUGUUUCAACCUGCCUAGCCUGGUUGAUCCACACGAAUCAAUUUACGGUAUCAGCUGCUAUCGGCAGAUUCCGGUGGAAGAGUUGAAGAUUCGAACGGCCGACGUUACGAGAAGCACCGUACAAAAGUCGGUCUGUGCACUGCUAUCGAUUCCUAUAUACGGUUAUGUCGAGGUGAAGCUAUCUUUGAUUGCGCACGCUUUCUUCGAACAGGGCGAUUUUUCCUGUACGGAUAUUCUGGUGAAAGCCUAUAAGCAACUAAAUGCUUGCCUCCAGUCGAUGGAAUCACCGGAGUUGGCUCCAGCUAGAUUGCAUUUUGUUGGAUUACCAUUGCGGGAGCUUGUUCUGAAAUGGCGCCACAAACUGCUCAUUCUUUACAAACUUCUGCUGCUUCAAAAACGAAUUGUUUGCUUCGGUUCUCCAGUGCAGCCGACUUGUUCGCUCAUUUUGGGUAUAGUUUCAUUGCAUCCGGAGUUGCUGGCUAAAGGUUUCCAGGAGGUUGCAUGUGUAAAAACUUCACGGCCAAUGUCUCCCAUGCCUUGCUUCGGUACUACUCAAGAGGAGAAGAAAACCUUUUCGGAUGACUCUUCGCCUGUAAACACCCAAUAUAUCCCUGCUAGUGCCGUUACGUCUGCCCCUGAUUCUGUCGCUGGAGGCACCCAAGCACAGCAGGAAAAAGAAGAUGACAGGAUGGAUAGCUUGGAUAGCGCCAAAGAUGUUACACCCAGUUCUGACGAGGCAACGGAUGAGGGCUUAGGUGCUAAUGAAAAACGAUUGACUCGGGAAACAAGCGUUGAUACGAUUGCAUCCAAUUUCGCAAGUUUGUGCGCUAUCAGACCGGACGAGUGGGCGGCACCAAUAAGGAUAUUCCACGAGGGAAAUUUAUGUCUGCCGUAUAUAUCGUUGCCAUACAUGGACCUGUUGACCGAUCCUUCGGUGAAAGGAUACAUAAUCGGCGCUUCGAAUGUGCUAUUUCAGCAGAAACGGCACCUAGCUGAUGUGAUGGUCGAUGUGGAGGGGACCGUAAUUGAUGUGUACGACUUAGAGCUGAAGCGACAAAUUCAGCUCAGUACGGAAGAUUUACGUUUUGCCGAUUUUGUUAUACGGAAUGUGCAAAAUCCAAAGGAAGAUGCCGAAGGUAGUGAGGUGUGGAUUAGGGAACAAUUCUACGGCUACAUGGUGGCAUUGCUUAAAUCGUCUGUUUGCUUUGACGGAGCCAAAGAGAUGGAGCAUUUUAAUGUGCAUUUCAUGAUGGGAUUGAAAACAACUCAGUGCUACCAGGACUGGCUGAUUAGGAGUGGCGCUGAUGCUAAUCAAUCAUUUAAGGGAUUGGCAGUAGGUCAUCCAUUUGCGGGAACACUCUCUGUGGCCGAUAUGAAGCUCCGAAUAGCGCAAACCAUGCAAAACAGCGAGAGUGGACGUAAGAUAAAUCAGGCAGUGAACAGUACAAGUCGAGCUGUUGGAGGGGCUCUAAGUACAGCAAAGGGAGCAUUUUCCACCUGGUGGACUUCAAUAACGGCACCCGUUCCAUUAACCGCCCAGCAGCAGCAGCAGCAAUCUCAAAGUGCACAAACCAGCAAUGCUCAAGGCGAUAGCAGUGGCCAUUUUUCUGACACUAGUGACGAUUCAGACGAAAACAUCGACCCAGAAGACUUGGACAGUGACAGUGGCAGUGAUAAAAGCCAGAAUGAUGCUAACAAAAACGUUUUAAAGAAAACUGCGGUUUCUGACACUCAACCAGAACCAGCAAAGAUCGAGAUGGCGGAGCAUGCUGUGGAGAAAAGCAACAAUAUAAUUGAAAUUGGAAAAGAAGCUGAUGUCUUGGACCGGCAACAGAAAAUUUUCACAGUUGUGAGAAGGUCCAGAAUGUGGUUUAGUUGGUGCAAGUUUGUGACUGGAUAUCUUGUUGGAAGUUUUUGGUUAACUUUGGCAAUAGCGCAAAAUCCCAAGGAUAAUGGCGGGAAUUUGAUCAUCGGACUAGUCGUCAUUUAUGAACCAGAACAACCGGAAGUUCCUGCCCUGACAUCACAAACUAUAAAAUCACUUCUAUCUACAAUAUCUGGUGGUAUAACCGUGCUUGAUUACUACAUAGUUAACAAUCGUGAUAGAGAUAUUUCCGAUGAUCAUUCCGAAUUAUGUGCCGCCUUGCAGAAAGGUGUCACCAUCCUCUUGGACCUCACCUGGACCGAUGGCAACCGGAUGUUGAAGAUAGCCAAGGCGCUCAACAUUCCGUACAUCCAUGCGGAUGCAUCCUCGCAAACGUUUCUACGCGUUAUGGAGAAUUAUCUGCGAGCCCGAGGUGCCAACGAUGUCGUGUAUAUUUUCGACAGCGCCCAGAGGGCCGACGCGGCUAUUUACUUUUUGAUCACGGAAUCCCAGCUGCGUACCAUCAUUUUCGACCGUCUUAGUGAUCGUACGAUCCAGCGUAUCAAAGCCGUUCGACCGUAUCCUUCCUUUUUUGCGGUCAUUGCCGAUACGGUGCAUAUGAAUGAGCUCUUGAAGCAAGCGAUAGUUGGCGGUUUGGUGUCGAAACCGGAUAAGUGGAAUCUUAUUUUCACAGACUUGGUUGCCGAUAGGUUCGAAUAUGGUGGGAUGUUUCCAGCGAUGAGUCGCCUGAUGAUGGAUGCAAUAACAUGUUGCUUGUUGCUGAAUUUGGCCAGUGGUUGUAGCUGUCCAGCUGACUUCAAACCAUGGGAGGCACAUCUGCAGAAUGUAGUGCGCGAGAUCUUGAACAGAGCCACAACCGAACGCUUACCAUUAGUCAUUAAGGACGAAUGUAACGGAACGGGUGAUGCCACCGAUAAGACUUCUAAUGUUUCACAGCUUUUGAAUGAUCUUCGAACAGAUGGUCGAUUUUGGACACCCGAUGGAAGUCGAGUGGUGCGUUAUAACAUGAACGUUUCCAUUUGGACGUCCACUGAAGAGGAUGAAACUCAAACUGUUCAAAUUGGUACGAUCGAGCGUGGGCUGGUAGCUCCGUUCGAGGGGUUUGGAAUCAAAUCUACGCGACGGUAUUUCCGCGUUGGGACUACAGAGUCUAUUCCUUGGGCGUACCGAAAGCGAGAUCCUGUGACGAAGACACUUCUCCUAGACCCAGUUGGGGAGCCUAUAUGGGAGGGUUACUGCAUCGAUUUCCUGCAGCAAUUGUCGGUGGUUAUGAGCUUUGACUACGAUCUGGUGUCCCCGAAAGUUGGCUCAUUCGGUAGACGGGAUAAAGAAGGUAAUUGGGACGGAUUGAUAGGCGAUUUGGUGGUUGGAGAAAUUGAUUUUGCGAUGGCCUCGAUGAAGAUGACAGCGGAGCGGGAAGAAGUUGUUGAUUUUGUGGCACCAUAUUAUGAACAGACGGGCAUAUUGAUUGUCAUGAGGCAACCAGUUCGAGAAACAUCCCUUUUUAAGUUUAUGACGGUGUUGCGACUCGAGGUGUGGCUUAGCAUUUUGCUAGCGAUUGUAGCGACUGCUGUUAUGCUGUGGUUGUUGGACAAAUUCUCCCCAUACAGUGCCAGGAACAACAAGAGUGCCUAUCCUUAUGAGUGCCGAGACUUCUCGUUGAAAGAAAGCUUCUGGUUCGCGUUAACAUCCUUCACACCACAAGGCGGAGGAGAAGCUCCGAAAGCACUCUCCGGAAGGAUGCUAGUGGCAGCCUACUGGCUUUUCGUGGUUCUUAUGCUAGCCACCUUUACCGCCAAUCUGGCAGCCUUUUUAACCGUGGAACGUAUGCAAACUCCGGUUCAAUCACUCGAACAGCUAUCCCGUCAAAGUCGUAUCAAGUAUACCGUGGUUGAAAACUCGGACACACACGACUACUUCAAAAAUAUGAAGAACGCCGAAGAUGUUCUGUACCAAAUGUGGCGCAAUCUGACACUGUCCAGUGGAAAUGACCAGGCGCAGUACCGUGUUUGGGACUACCCAAUUAAGGAACAGUACAUCAAUAUCCUAGCGGCAAUGGAAUCGGCAAAACCGGUAGCCUCCGCUGAAGCUGGUUUCAAACGGGUUAACAAACGGCUUGAGGCUGAUUUCGCUUUUGUGCACGAUUCGGCCGAAGUGAAAUAUGAAAUAUCUCGCAAUUGCAACCUGACCGAAGUUGGAGAAAUCUUUGCCGAACAGCCGUACGCGAUCGCAGUUCAACAGGGGAGUCACCUUCAGGACGAACUGAGUUACUAUAUAUUGGAGCUGCAGAAAGAUCGUUUCUUCGAGUCUCUAACUGCGAAGUAUUGGAAUAACUCAGCACGGGGUGUCUGCCCCAACACGGACGAUAGUGAAGGAAUAACACUGGAAAGCCUUGGAGGGGUGUUUAUCGCAACCCUGGUAGGGCUGGCACUGGCCAUGAUCACUUUGGCUGGAGAGGUUUUGUACUAUCGUCGUAGAGAUAGAAAGAACAAGUUGAUACAGGUGGAACCGGUACCGGAUGAUUUUAGCGGUGGGUUGCAGGAUAAACGUUCGUUGACAUUCAAAAAUUUGCUUAACGUAGACGGAAAGAAUAAUAAAAAUAAGGUGGAUAAAAAAAUUCCGAAGGAAAUAACGAUCGGUAGCAAAUUUGUGCCGGCAUCGGAAAAACAGCGGAAAAUUAGCUACAUUUCGGUGUUUCCUAAGAACCCGAAUAUCUAGAAAUAUAUGAUGAAUUAACAAAGUGAAAUCAGAACAUAUGAAAUGCUAGCUUGAUAUCCAAACAUUUCAGCAUAUUUGACAAUUUAGUCCUUGUAAACAUUUCGUCUACUAAUAUAGUAUUUAUUAUAGAAAUUGCAGCGACACUUACAUGCUUAACAUAUUUACUGGUUCUAAUGCUAACUAUAUUUGCUUAGAAAUCCACUCAAUACAGUCAUUAAAACUGCACUUGGAGAAAAUAAUUUUAAGAAAAAAAAUGAUGUCAUUUUUAAUUAAUUGACACAAAGAAACAGAGAUAAAAUCUA